AUGACGCGAAUGCUCCAUGUCGCCCUCUUCCUCGGUGUUUGGGGAGAAGCUCAGGCCAUUCUUCGAGGUCCAAGAUCAGGUGAAGAGGUGCAGAGCCACUGGGAAGGAAUGCAUCGAGUAUUGUCACGUGUGGAAGCAUCCCUCUCGGGCCUGUUUGCCGUUGGGAAGGAUCCAGCCAAUUCAACAGCUGGGCUUCCAAGCAUAGCUGAAGGCAGCUCUGUGAGAACGCAAAUCUUGUCCAUCAACAAUGGAUCCAAUGCAACAAAUCUCAGCACGCAUCAAUCCAUACAGACUCAGACGAACCAGGGCAAUGUCACGGUGGAGAUUGAAUCUCGUGAUGUCACCCUGAGCAAUGGCAAUGCUUCAUCUCCAAAAGCCAAAGUCAUUGCACCUCCAUUGCAGCCAAGCAAAGAUGACUUUGUGGUACAGAUUCGAUCAGUGGAGCGUGUUGACGGCAAGAAGCCAAUUAAGCCGAAUCACAAAAGCUCAAAGAAAGCCAGUGAGACCGAUGAGAUCAGGAAAGCUUCUGCCCGGGAGAAGCGCUUGGAUAUUGAGGUCCGAACAGUCACAGAGACUCCCCAGACACACGAAGUGCCAGCUGCUCGGCGGGAGUACAACAGCAAGAUGUGGGCAGAUGACUGGGGCGAUGAGUGGAGAUCCAGUGCUCGCAGCCCAGAGACUGAAAAGAAGGAGCUCCCGGUCUAUGAGCAGUCCUUUCGGGGUUGA